AUGUACAACACCAACACCGACAUCUGGCUCGCUGGCGCCUUCGCCGUCGUGAUCGUUGACUUCUCCGUCUACCCAUUCGACACGCUCAAGACGCGCAUCCAGUCACCCAACUACGAGAAACUGUACAAGCAUGCCGACGGGUCAAUUAACAGGAAGGUCCUCUUCCGAGGCCUCUACCAGGGAGUGGGGAGCGUGUUGCUGGCCACGAUUCCUUCUUCAGGAGCCUUCUUCACCACCUACGAAGCCAUAAAAACUACCCUCUCCAACACCAACACCACGCCCCCCCUCCCCCAACCCCUAAUCCACACCAUCGCCUCCUGCACGGGCGAAGCAGUGUCCUGCGCCAUCCUGACCCCAGCAGAAGUCAUCAAACAAAACGCACAGAUGAUAAUGACCGACACCGCCAGUUCAGCGAAAAUCACCUCGCAAACACAGCCCCCCAAGAACGCAACAAUGCAAGCCCUGGCCAAGUUCCGCCACCGGCCGUGGAAUCUCUGGAAGGGGUAUACGGCGCUCGUCGGACGGAAUCUGCCCUUCACGGGGCUUCAUUUUCCGAUUUUCGAGUAUCUGAGAGGGAAGGGGUUAGCGUGGAGGGCGGAGGGGCGGAGGAAGAAAGGGGAGGAGGGGAGGCAGGAUGCGAAUCCCGUGCUGGAAAGGGUGCUGGUGACGGGUCUGGCGGCGAGCGUGUCGGGCAGCUUUGCGUCGACGGUGACGACGCCGAUUGAUGUGGUUAAGACGAGGGUGAUGUUGGCUGCGAGUGAGGAUGCUGAUGGGAAGAGGACGAGUGGGGAUGGGGAGGAAGGGCAGGAGGGAAGGAAGAAGAUGAGGAGGGUGGCGAGGCGAGGGAUCUGGGCGAUGGGGAGGCAGAUCUACCAAGAUGAGGGAGUGCGAGGGCUGUUUCGAGGCGGAGCCAUCAGGUCGGUGUGGUCGGCCGCGGCGUUGAGUAUUUACUUGGGCAUCUACGAGGGAGGGCGCCUCUAUCUGGAGAAUCGACGGCGAGCUCAAGACGGAGUGCCCUAUGCGGAGGAGAUCGAUCAGUCUGGGGAGCCUGUUUAG